UUAUGUACAUGAAAAAUGCAGCGACGCAGCCACCAGAGCCCGAGAGGGAGAGCGAAAGGGCGGCGGGCGGAUCCAACAUGGAGACAAUGACAGAGCAAGAAAAGAGCCUGCAAGAUGAGGUCGAGAAACUGCGCUCGGAAAACCUGGGCCUCAAGACCGAGAUCGAGGAAAUGCGAAACGAAAUGGACGAAAUGAGGGACAGUUUCUACGAGGAGGACGCCUGUCAGCUGCAGGACCUCCGGCGGGAACUGGAGCGGGCCAACAAGAACUGCCGGAUUCUGCAAUACCGUCUGCGGAAGACAGAGAGGAAAAGGAUGAGAUUCGCCCAAACCGGCGAGAUGGACAACGAGCUCCUGAGAAGUCUGGAACAAGACCUCAAGGUUGCCAAAGACGUGUCUGUCCGACUGCACCACGAAUUGGAAAACGUAGAAGAAAAACGCACCAAAACAGAGGAAGAAAAUGAAACCUUACGUCAGCAGUUAAUAGAAGCUGAAAUUACCAAACAAGCUUUACAAAAUGAGCUGGACAAGAUCAAAGAGUCUUCAUUAAAGCGACGAGGAAGUAAAGACCUGCAAAAAUCUGAAAAGAAAUCUCAACUGGUCACUCACGAGGAGGACAAUGAUGAUAUAAAAUGCCAAUUACAGUUUGUCAAGGAAGAAGCAAUUCUAAUGCGUAAGAAAAUGGCAAAAAUUGAUAAAGAGAAAGAUAGACUUGAGUGCGAACUGCAAAAGUACAGAUCCUUUUAUGGGGAUCUGGACAGUCCUUUGCCAAAAGGUGAAGCAGGAGGACCUCCUACAACCAGAGAAGCUGAACUAAAACUUCGUCUCCGGCUAGUGGAAGAAGAAGCCAAUAUCCUGGGGAGAAAGAUAGUUGAGCUUGAGGUUGAAAAUAGAGGAUUGAAGGCUGAGUUGGAUGAUAUAAGGGGCCACUAUGAGAAAGAAGGAGUGGGUGGUGAAGAUUAUAUUGGUGUUGGUGCUUCUGCUUUUCGGGAUCAAAGUGAAACUGUGUCAGAACUAAGACAGAACUUGCAGCUUGUUGAGGAUGAAGCUGAAUUGCUGAGACGAAAUCUGGCUGACUUGGAAGACCAAAAUAAACGACUUUCUGCUGAAGUCAAUAAAUACAAGUAUAAAACAGGAAGUGUGCAGGAUAUAUCCAGGAAUAAUGAUAAUUCCAAAGUUACAGAAGUCCUUCAAGAGGAACUAAAGGCAGCUAGGAUGCAAAUCAAUGAACUCAGUGGCAAAGUAAUGCAACUACAAUAUGAAAAUCGUGUACUGAUGUCCAAUAUGCAGCGCUAUGACCUGGCAUCCCAUUUGGGCAUCCGCGGCAGCCCCAGAGACAGUGAUGCAGAAAGUGACACAGGAAAAAAAGAAAGUGAUGAUGACUCUCGGCCUCCUCACAGGAAAAGAGAAGGGCCCAUUGGUGGAGAAAGUGACUCUGAAGAAGUUCGCAACAUCAGGUGCUUACAGACUCCACCAAGGUCUUUAUUUUCUACAGAUGGCAGAUUGCUUCAAAAAAACCUCAAGGACCGACAGCAGAUGUCGGACAUACGGCUGGAGGCAGAGCGACUGAGCAGAACUAUCGAUCGAUUGAUCACAGACACAAGCACAAUUAUAACUGAAGCAAGAAUUUAUGUAGCAAAUGGUGAUCUGUUUGGCAGAAUGGAGGAAGAAGAUGAAAGCAGCAGGAUUAGAGAACAUGAACUUCUCUACAGGAUCAAUGCUCAAAUGAAAGCAUUUAGGAAGGAGCUGCAAACUUUCAUAGACAGACUAGAGGUUCCAAAAACAACAGAUGAAAAAAAUACAGAGGAACCUUUGUCUGUCAGUCAGAUGUUUCAACCUAUUAUUUUGCUUAUUCUCAUCCUUGUAUUAUUUUCAUCAUUGUCUUACGCUACCAUAUUUAAAUUGGUUUUUCUUUUCACACUUUUCUUUGUUCUGUAG